UAGAACCGGAACUAAGAUUAAUAUCAACAACCUGAGUUACCACAAUUUAGGCAAAACUUUUCUCCAGGUAAAACUGACACACUUUUAAGUUAUUAUAUUCGAUACGAUUCCGUAUUAUGGGGGAAGUAUUUUCCUGCGCGUUAGAUAAAUGUUUUGUUUGUCAGUUUAGCAUGUGUAGCAACUAAAUUAGCUAACUUUGUGUCACCUGUCUAGCAUACAUUAAUGUUAACAGUCUCGGUUAGCAGACAGUACUUUAUUAUGCCCAGGUGUCGCUCUGUUCUCAGCUUUAACAAGGUUGCGGGUGUAGCUGAAUUGUGUGCGAGCUGUCGUUGACACGUCCUGGUAGUUUUAUGUGGCGCUGACAGAACCCGGGUCGUUCGCAAUGCUCCUGCAGCUGCUCCCACCUAUCAACUAGCCGCCCGGCUGCUCUCCUGUCCGCCGCCUGCCCAUGGCUCACUGCGGCCCCGCAGAGCCCAGCGCAAAGGCGCACGCACCGCGUCCCGACAGCAACAAGCCCGCGCAGGGCAGUUUCGACCAGGGUAUGAAGCCGGUGCUUUUCGAGAUCUUUGGGGAGUUGUGGACCGUCCAGUCCCGGCUCGGCCAAGGAGUCUCGGCCUCGGUAUACCAGGUCAGCUCGGGCAGAGCCAGCACAACCGCCGCUGUCAAGGAGUUUCAGGCCGACACUCGGGGAGGAGACUACGGGUAUCACAAGGAGAGGUCCGUGCUGGAAGAUAUCCAGGGACAUAAAACAUAGUCACACUUUACGGGGUGUUCACCAACCACAGCUGUAUGGGUGUUGCCACCCGCUGUCUGCUGCUGGAGCUCCUGGAUGUCAGUGUGUCUGAUCUGCUGACCAGUGGUACCCAGGGUGGAAGACCCCAGCAGGGCCACUCCAUGUGGCUGGUGCAGCACUGUGCCAGAGACAUCCUGGAGGCUCUCGCCUUCCUCCACAGGGAAGGCUACGUCCACGCCGACCUCAAGCCACGCAACAUCCUCUGGAGCGCCGAUGACGAGUGCUUUAAGCUCAUCGACUUCGGACUCAGCUUCAAAGAGGGAAACCAGGAUGUCAAGUACAUCCAGACAGACGGGUACCGGGCCCCGGAGGCGGAGCUUCAGAACAGCCUCGCUCAGGCAGGGGUGGAGGUGGAGGGGGACUCGGGCUGCACCUCCGCUGUGGACAUGUGGGGCCUGGGCAUCAUCCUGUUGGAGAUGUUCUCAGGAAUGAAACUCAAAGAGACCGUCCGCUCACAGAAGUGGAAGGAAAACAGUGCUUCCAUUGUCGACCAUCUUUUUGCCAGCAACAGUGUGGUGUGCCCCGCCAUCCCUGUCUAUCACCUCAGAGACCUUAUCAAAAGCAUGCUGCUCAACAACCCAAAACAAAGAUGCUCUGCUGAAACUGCCCUGCUGAGCCCGCUCUUCAGUAUUCCCUUCGCUCCUCACAUUGAGGACCUGGUCCUGCUGCCCACUCCUGUCCUGCGCCUCCUCAACCUGAUUGAUGACAGCCAUCUGCACAAUGAAGAAGAGUAUGAAGAAAUCCUGGAGGACAUGAAAGAGGAGUGCCAGAAGUACGGCUCCGUGGUGUCUCUGCUCAUCCCCAAAGAGAACCCAGGAAAAGGACAGGUGUUCGUGGAAUACGCCAACUCAUCUGACUCCAAGGAGGCUCAGAGGCUGCUGACGGGCCGCACCUUUGAUGGGAAGCUGGUGGUGGCCACCUUCUACCCUCUCAGCGCCUAUAAAAGAGAUAUGAAGUCAUACUCAGACGGGCUCACCUCCUCCAGAUCGAUGUCUCCCUCCAGCAGAUCCAGCCCCCCCGCUGCACAGAUAAAUGGUGUCCUACAGUGGCUAAGUGAAAGUCCAGAUCUCUAUCCCAUUGAGAGACCGUGGUGCUGUUUGAAAGCUGCAAUCCACAAGAGUCAUGCAACCAAUGUGAAGAACCUGGAGCAAAUCUGCCAAGAAGUCAGAAAUCCCCCCAACAGUGUGCCGAGUUGGUAGAUACUUACCCCAUUGGCUAACAGAUCAUUCAUUUUGGCGUUGAAAAUGUACUGCUGGAUCAUAUGAGUUUCUUUAAAAAAAAAC